AAUAAAUGGUUCAUGGCGAUCGCGACGUUCAUUCGUUUUGUACAUUUAGUGUUUCAAUAAAUUUAGUUAAGUUGGAAAAUUGUGUUUCAUAAAACUAAGAGUUUUUCUUGCUAAAAGAAUUGUGACCAGUGACUUUUAUCGAAGAAGAACGAACACUUUGUAAACAUAAAUAUCAGAUGUUUCAGUGAAAAUAUGAAACUCAUCAAAUUACUUCGUCAGAUUCCAGCUGAUUUGUGGUUUUCGAGCAGUAACAAAAUCUUUGGAAAAACAUCUGGCAUCUCUGUUUUCAGCCCCUGGUUUUAAAUGCUUGUUUUUUUGUGCGUGAGCGUGGCUGUGAUCUUAAAUAGUGACGUGUAUUCAAGUUUUGUCCAAAAGGAUACUAUUACUUCAAUUGUGGUGAAAAUUCAGCUUAAAUAAUAUCCGUAAUAUCACAAUGCUGAACGUAGCUACUCAUAUGGACUAUGAAGGCCAAGGACGUGCAGAGAAACUAUCCCGGGUAAUCAUUACAUUGUUUGGAGCGGUAGGUCUUAUCUGGGGAUAUGUUAUUCAGCAGUUUUCACAGACGGUCUACAUUUUGAUUGCCGGUGUUCUACUGGCUUCAAUCUUAACUAUUCCACCAUGGCCAAUUUAUCGUCGAAAACCACUUAACUGGCAGAAAGCCCGUCUCGAGCCGCAAUCUGCCACAACAGGAGAUAACGAAAUGAGUAAGAAAAAGAAGCAUUAAAUGAUUUAACAAAAUUUUUUGUAUCGAAAAUAUAUUAGCAUUUGAAUUCAA